AUGGAAAAGGAAGACGAAGUGAAGGAGGAUGAACAUGAAGGAGGAAUAGGAGCAACAAGAGGAGGAGAGGAAAAGGAGGAAGAGGAGGAAGAACAGAACAACAAGAGGACAAAGAGGACGAAGGAGGAGAAGGAGAAAGAAAAGGAGGAAGAUGAGCAGGAGAAGGACAAGAUGAUGAUGGAGGAGGAGGAGGAGGAGAAGAAGGCAGAAGAGGAGGAGAAGAAGCAUAAAGAGGAAGAAGAGAAGGAGAAGGAAAGACAGAAGGAAAAG